AUGGCAAACCGAAUCUCAGCUGAUGCGGCCUGCGCGUUCGACGGGAUGCUCCCUCCUACGGACUCCGCCGCAUUUUUGACCCAUUUUGACUUUUCCGCUAUAGAUGAAAUGGACCCCUCCCUGGGCAAGUCAUAUAUGGCCAUUGUACUGCUGUUCAUUGACUGCAUUACCCCUUUUAUCGCCAUUGCCUUCCGCUGCUUAGCGGUGAAGCUGUCCCUAUGCCCUGAAGUCUGUUGUGCCGCUUCACCUGUGCUUACCCCGCGGGCCUACGCAAACAGCAAGGAGCACAGGGUAGAUGAAAAGGCUUUUCGGCAGAUGCAACAGAGCCAAAAGUUGAUGAUUGAAUUCGCAGAUUAUCCGCACGUCCUGAUGAAGAUGCUCAACUCUUGCAUCAGAGAACCUCAAAGUUUCCUCGCCGUGUUUGUAAUGGAAACGACGGGGAAAGGCCGACUGGACUUUAUUCAGAAUAUGGAAUACAAGUUUAUUGAGCUUUUGUCCUGCGAAUUCCACCAAAGUUCAGAGGAAGUGAUUCGGCAACAGAUGUCUUUUCGCUACAACGCACUCAAGUCGAAGCUUGCCCUUAUGCAUGCCAGACUGCACGACAUAGGAGCGCUCGUCAAGGUCAAAAGCCCUUCGCUUUUGCUACAUCUUCAAAAGAGCACAAAGACGCUGGACACCUCAAGACUGCGCCAGGACCUUCUGGCUGACACCGGAGAGCCUGGUGACGAUAACGCAUAG